AACCUACCGAUGGUUGAAACUCUAUGCACAUAUGGCGCAGGGGUCAACGAACGCACAACAGAAGGCCUCCUCAAGACACCACUGUACAUGGCAGCAGAUGCGGGUGACCUUGAAAUCGUCAAAAGUCUUGUCCAAAAUCACGCUUCUGUAGAUUUACCAAGCGACAGUGACAGUUGGUACAAGGAAAAUGGUCAGACGCCUCUUCAUCGUGCUGCAUACAAGGGUUAUCUAAACAUCGUGGAGUUCCUGGUGAAUGAAUGUGAUGCUGACGUGAACAUCGUAGAUACAGAUGGUUCGACACCACUGCACCUAGCAGCUUUUCUUGGACGGAAGGAUGUUGCCACAUUUCUUACCAGUAAAGGGGCCGAUGUCGACAAAGAAGAUUCUUCUGGAUCAACACCUCUUAACUGCGCCUCAGACAGGGGUUACUUAGCAACAGUUUCAUUCCUUCUUCAGAAAGGAGCUCAGCUGGGUCAGAAAGAUGCAAAUGGGCUGACGGCAUUGCAUCGCGCAGCAAGAAAAGGCAUUACUAACGUUAUGAAUCAUCUAAUGGACAAUGGGGCUGACAUUGAGCAGCAAGAUAAGAAGGGGCGAACAUCACUUCAUAUUGCGGCAAGGCGAGGACAGAAAGGCUGUGCCGCCCUGCUACUUGACAGAGGAGCCAACAUAAAUCAGACAGACAAGAGCGGCCAAACACCUCUCCACAAUGCAGCGGAUAAAGGUCACCUCGAAAUGAUCAAAGCUCUACUGGACAACGGUGCAGAGAUAAACCAUAAAGAUGAGACCGAGGAAACGUCACUGCAUGUUACAUCAAAUAAAGGGCAUCCGGAUAUUCUGAGAUACCUCUUAGCUCAUGGAGCUAAACCUGACAUCCAAAACAGCGAUGGCCACACCGCUCUUGACUGCGCCAGUGAUGAUCAUAUUCGACGAAUCCUUUCAAGAUUUCAAAAAGAUGGAGUCAUCCUUGACAGUGAAGAUGAUUUCCUUUUUGACAGUGGAUUCGAGGACGAUGAGUCCGGUGGUGAACCAACCCAAGAUGAGUUGUAUAACAUAGCAAACACUGUUGGAAGCGUUUUGGACCUCUGGGAACUCUGCAAGGAACUCAGAAUGGAAGACGACACCAUAGCCAAAGCACUUCCUGUCGUCCUUUAG